ACAUCAUUCAGUGAUGGCAUCAGAAGGUUCUCUUUCACAGUGGCUGAACUCUGAUAUUUUCAUUGUGUUUGUGGUGGUGCUGUUGCUCCUCUUGCUGGUCAUCUUUGCUGUUUUCUGGCUCAUGAGACGGCAUCACUCAAAGAGACCCACAGAGAAAAUGGCUGAAAUAGAGAUUAUUCCAGUUGACGGUUCAGACAGGGGGAACCUGCCCAGAUUUACCCUGAAGAUAGUGACUGAGCAGAUGCAUGCAACAGAGCUAGUAGAGAUGUUAACUCGCAGAGGUCAUUCUGUUGAGGUUCCUGAUCACCAUAGCAACCUCUCUGUCUGUGCUGUUAGAGCCGUGAAUGACAGUGAAGGAGAAUAUAGAGAUGCAAUAGAGCAUUAA